AUGACCUCUUCGAACCCAGCCUCGCAACCGCACUUGCAGAUAUUCAACUAUCUUCGAACAUCUGAGAAUGAAAACUCGACGUUCUCCAGUUUCUCCUUACUGCCCCCGGAAAUCCGCAGCCAAAUAUGGUGCCACGCCUUAAAACAGGAACGCCUGAUCAAAAUCUAUUUCCAGAAAGAUUAUCCUUUUACGCCAAAGCGACCCAAACCAGAUGGCGAGAUGCCGCGGUAUCAGAUUAUGGUUGAUGGACGGAAAACUCUAAGCAAGUUGCUAAGAGUUAAUCAAGAAUCACGGCAGACUGCACUGCGCUUUUACCGGGUGAAAAUCCCAUGCAAACUCAGCCAUUGUCCAGAGGACGAGUACGUCUACGAGGCAAUUAGAAAACCGGUAGAAGCAAAACUGGGAGUUUUAUACUUUAACCCGGAAUAUGAUUUCCUGGAGAUUGCAUCCGAGUCAUGGAGGGGGGACGAUCUGUUUGAUCUGGUAUAUCAUCUGAAAAAGAUCGAUCCGUUUCAUAUCGGAUUACUUAAUCUAGCUAUUGGGGGAUUGGGUAGUCUGUCAGCGACCGACCUUAAGCAAAUCGAUCCUGUGGAUGUUAAUGCUCGAAUUCGGCAAGUCUUUCAAGAGACCCUUGCGCAGCUACGAGAAGUCUUUUUUAUCACCAGAACGAGAGCAGGGCGUCAUAUCUUGGGAUCAAUAAGCGGUAUCCCAGUGGCUGAUCCCCGUAAAUGCAUCUUUAAUCGAUCGUUUCCAAUUGCUACCGCGACACCAGUAUUUGAGCGCCUGCAACACGACACUCGCUCGAUUUCAGAAGAUCUGAAACAAACGCAUGUCGGAGCUGGACCGAUGCAGAUGGCUUAUUACUGGCAAAGCCUGUUGGAUAGAUGGAGUGUUUCUGCUUCCAAGAUUAUCUACCAGUUUAUCCUGGCCUUUGAACCAAGUUGGUCGAGUCGCGAUAUCCUGGACUGCGAGAGUGCCAGCCGAUGGUUGCAAGUAGAAGAGGACGAGUGGACUGGGAAAUGGCGGCUCGAUGACGAAAUCAAAAAUGGAUGCUGGGCUAAACGCAGCCCGGGCAUUAAGAGUGAAUUUUAUUAUGAGAUGGUGGGCGCCUUAGAUGGGGAGAAUAAAUAUGAGGAUUUAGAGAAAGCUGUAAAGCCCGUGUUCGGCUUUUGGAUCUUUCCUCUCCGGUUAUUCGGGAAGAUUCCAUCUUCAGAGAAGGAGUGUUACGAGGUGGAUGGUAAACAGACUUUAGAUCUGUCUGAUUAUUUGCCUGGGCUAGGCAUCUCAUUGUUUUAG